AUGAUUAUGUUACGUGAGGUUCAAAUAUUACUAAAUGAACAGAUAGAAAUUCUGCUGUUGGAAUUAACGGCUUACGAUUGGAUAGAUAUGAAACUAAAUCGUAAACAACUAGUAAAAAAUUCCGUAAAUGGAUAUGAUCUCAUAUUUAGAGGUAGAUUUCGUAUCAAUACUAAUCAACAAAAGACGAAAAGUAUUUAUCGUACACGAAUGGCAUCAUGCGGCCAAGUCUGUGAUCGACAGAGAAAUCAGCGGCUUACAGCAUCAACAGCUGAUAAACAUUAUCAGUCAUUGUCCUCGGCACUUCAAAUCGAAGAAGAUCCAACAGUUUUAGAUUGGUGCACCGACAAUACUCAAGAAAGACCUAAAGUUAAUAUUGGAGAACAAACUCAUGAUAAAAAUCUGCUACAAGAACAUGUAAAACAGUUUCAUCAUCAAGAUAAAAAACGAAGAGAAGAGAAGACGUACCACAAGAUGAAGAUAAAAACAUUGAAAUCACGUCAUAAACUUGAGUAUAAACAUCUGCCUCGGCAGGAGCAAUUAAAUAUCAAACAAGAGGUAAAUUCUGUUAACUCGAAUGACAAUGUUAUAAAAAUUUAUGAAUCAAUAUUAAAUAAAAAAGUUAUCAAUCCAGAUCCACUAUUAAAGAAACAAUCUGCUGGUGCCACUAUGACACAUAAAAAUGAAAAUAGCCUAAACUUCAACGAUUUAGAAAAGUUCGAUAAUCUAGAUAAAUUUGAAAUGGAUAACAAGGAUGAUCCACAAGAGAAAGAGAUAAAACUAAAUUUUUAUCAACGUAUACUAGCAUCGUUCAAAGAUCUCGCACGAAAAUUUAAAUCAAAAUGA